AUGAGGUCAGGAAGGACCUUACUCCCCCAAGGCCCUUCGCUCCCCACGCUAGUCCUCGUGGCGCUCCUGGUGGGUGCUCUUGGCGAGGAUAUGAUUUUUCACCCUGAGUGGGGAUUUGAGUCGUAUGAAAUCAUCAUUCCCAAGAAGCUGAGCUUCCGGGGAGGUCAGCAGGGUGCUGUGGAGCAAGUGUCUUACCUCCUGCAGGUCAAAGGCAAGAAGUAUGUCCUUCACCUGUGGCCCAAGAGGUUUCUAUUACCCCGAAAUCUGAAGGUUCUCUCCUACACGGAACAGGAGAAACUCCUGGAGGAUCAUCCUUACAUACCCAGGGACUGCAACUACGUAGGCUCGGUUGAAGGAACUCAGGAUUCAGAGGCUACUUUAAGUACAUGCAUGGGGAGUCUUCGAGGCAUAUUGAAAAUUGAUGAGGAACAUUACCAAAUCGAGCCCCUCAGGGGCUCUUCCAGCUUUGAACAUGUCAUAUAUCUCCUGAAGGAAGAGGACAAAUUUCAGAAUCAUACCUGUGGCUUAACUAAUGAUGUACUAGAAAAACAGCCCAGAAUGAGAAUAUGGCUAGGCGUAGCGACUUUUAUAAUUCCUAUAAGCAUCAGAACAGCACUCUGUCUGAAUGAUAUCCCAGCACUGGAUACAGGGCUGGUGAGAUGUGGAAAUAAAAUUGUGGAAGAGAAUGAAGACUGUGAUUGUGGUUCAAGAGAGGAGUGUAAAAAAGACAAGUGUUGCCAACCGGAUUGUAAAUUCACGGAGGGUGCCAAUUGUAGCACUGGGCUUUGCUGUCAUAACUGCCACUUUCGUCCACUUGGGUACAUGUGUCGAGAGGAAGAUAAUGAAUGUGACCUUGCAGAGUACUGCAAUGGAAUCUCAAAUUUCUGCCCAAAUGACAGUUAUAAGCUUGAUGGAACCCCUUGCAAGCAUAACUCCCUUUGUUUCAGAAAGAGGUGCCGUUCCAGAUAUGUGCAGUGCCAAAACAUUUUUGGACCUCAUGACAAGGAGGCGCCUGAUCAGUGCUAUCACGCAGUUAAUUUAAUGGGUGAUCAAUAUGGGAACUGUGAAAUUUUAGGAGUCCGUGCCUAUAAAGCUUGUACCAAGGCAAAUGCAGUGUGCGGCAGGCUGCAGUGUAUAAAUGUCAACACCAUCCCUGAUCUGCCAGAGCAUACGAUCGUCAUCUCUACUCAUCUGCAAGAGGAAAAUCUCAUGUGCUGGGGGGAUUUUGAUUGUUAUCUCCACUACAGGUUUUCUACAAUCCUUGCUGUCCCCUUGGCCAAAACAGAUACUUGGCCAAAGGAUGGUAUCCUUGCCCUGGAGGUCUAUUUCCCCACCCAUUAUAUGGACCAGACAGACCUGGAGAAUUAUAACAAUGUGGAAGCAGGGAGCUACGCGGUGGGCUUUGGCCAAACCCAUAUGGGCUUCUGCUCUGUCCAGGAGGACCUCAACUCCCUGUGUCUGACGGUGGUACAGCAGCUAAUGGAGUGCAUGCAGUUCCCAUGGAACUCUGUGGGUUGGCUGGAAGUGGGCACAGAGAUGGUCAUUGACAAGUCCAAGGCUGUCAAAACAGUGCUCAUGGAGCUCUUCCAGGAUUCAGGGAAUACUGACAUUGAGGGCAUAGGUACCACCAAUGCCUGCUAUGGUGGCACUGCCUCCCUCUUCAAUGCUGCCAACUGGGUGGAGUCUAGCUCCUGGGAUGGUAUGUGUUUCCCAAGACCUUAUCUUAGAGGAACCCACACGAAGAACAUAUAUGACUUCUACAAACCAGAUACAGCUACAGAGUACCCAGUGGAUGGGAAGCUCUCCAUCCAGUGCUACCUAUGGGCCUUGAACAGGUGUUAUGCAUAAUACCAUAAAAAAAUCCAGAGCCAGUGGAAGCAAGCUGGCAUCGAUCGGCCUUUCACUCUCGAUGACUUACAGUUUAUGAUCUUUCACACACCCUUCUGCAAGAUGGUCCAGAAAUCCCUGGCUCGCCUGAUGUUCAAUGACUUCCUGUCAGCCAGUAGUGACACACAGUACAGGAUGGCAACUUUGGAGCCAUCCAAAGAUGGCUUGGGAGCAUCAGGCCUCAUUCUCACUUACUACAACAAGGACAUGGAUAAAGCACUUCAAAAGGCCUCCCUGGACACAUUCAACAAGAAAACCAAGGCCUCCCUUUACCUCUCCAUGCAUUAUAGGAAUAUGUACACCUCAUCCCUGUACGGGUGCCUGGCCUCCCUUCUGUCCCGGCACUCUGCCCAGGACUUGGCUGGCUCCAGGAUUGGUGCCUUCCCUUACAGUUAUAGCUUGGCAGCAAGGUUUUUUGUUUUUUGUUUUUUGUUUUUUAAUUUCAAGUGUCUUGGGAUGCUUCUCCAGCUGAGUCCUGUCUUUCUAUCAAGCACUUCUGGUAAGAUUCAUCAGAUCCUACAGAUGGUGGUGCCUGGGAAAUCUACACUAGCAGAGUUUCUGCCCAUGGAUCAUGUUUUUAAAAGCACACUCUUAGAUGGAAACGGAUUGGAUUGGACACAGUUGUCCCCAGAAGCAGCGGCCCUGGAGAGUGAGGGGCCAUCCUUAGUGGUCCUUCCUGCCUUUCUCUGCUGCAGUCACCGUCCUGGGCUAGUGGUGGGGCAGGGGUCCUCUGUGGAAGAGGGAGUGAGGAAGAGGGGAAGGCCUAGCCCAGAAUCACCGCCCUCCAGACCUGGGAUACAAAUCCAGAUAACUGCCUAUCGUGUUCCCUCGUGGCCAUUAGCCUUAUUAGAUUUCUGUGCUGUUACAUCUUGAUUCCUUUCUUAAGUUUUUCUAUCAAUUUCCAAAUGUUGUAGCUGGUACUAAACCCAUAAAACACACUGCAAAAGUGA